UGACGGGUCAUUAUCAAUGGAUGUUCACAGACGGCAUUAAAUUCCACUAUCCUCCACCGAGUAUAACCAAGCCACAAAGUCCAACACGAAUCCUCGUCGAUUUCGAUGACCAGUCGUGUUAUAGGGAUGCAUGCAUAAUUCAUAAAUGCGUCAGGAAAAAGAUAGACGCACGAUAUGCUCACCUACGGUCGUUCGUUCCGAAGAUCAAUGCUUUGACCUUACUGGAGCAUGACCUCUCCAAGGUCCGCAUAGUAAUUAUGAGAACAACGACACUUGAUCUCAUGAAAAAUCUCGCUAAAAUGCCAUUCCUUCAAGCUUUGUCCCUUAAUUUUUCUAUGCCCAGAGGGCUGUCAUCCUCUUACAUAGCAGCAGAAUUCACCAACCCCCAGAACUCUACCUUUAGCGGACUAACCCAUCUGCAAUUGUUCGGUCUAGAUCAAAGUGCGCUUAAAGAGUGCAACGCUCGCCCCAUCGCCGGAAGGCAUCCUCGUCCUUUAUCGAAUACGCCCUGCCCGACUUGUUUUCGAGGUGUGGGUCGCUCAGCACCAUGUUCGAGCUCCUCCUUGAUCUUAACGUCGAUUGGAAAAGACACAAAUAUAGAAGCUUUGUUACGAAUUUGUGGAGACAGAUACCAAACUUGUCUACUCUGGGCUUUCGACAUGAUGCUUUCCCCACCGUCAUCUCAAAAGUACAAAGUACCGCUGCUGCCUCUACCCAUGCACGCUCUCAUCUCUAUGAAGACAGCAUACGAAGUCGGCCACAUCAAACGCAUCUUUAUAGACAAAGUACCACGCGAUGUGGUUUCGAAUGAGAAGCUUGGGCGAGAUAAAGAGAACCAUGGAGUGGUGGUAUCUUCCCUUGUCUCGUUUAGUUAUACGCAAUCUAGUCGAGGAGCUCACAAGACGACAACGAUUAUUCGACGACGUAGCUCUAUUGCUUGGUCAUUCUCUCGAGAAGAGCAGGAUCAAGAUAUCCCGUAUUUGGAGGAGACGAUUCCAGAGGAAGACGGUGAGGCACAGGAGCUGGAUGGAGAAAUGGCCGCGGCGGAGAGGAGAACGGCUAUCUUGAAGAAGAAUCCAGAAGUGACAGAGGAGAUAACAUUCUCACCAU